UCUGGUCUCAUAAAAUGAAUUCAGAAAUAUUUUUGCAAUGCUCAUUUUAUGCCUUGCAGAACUUUGAGAAACAUUAUGCAUAAAGUGUAACAUGACAGGUGUCAUUCAAAUAUAUGUCUCAAAUAUAAAAUAAUCAGUUUUUGCCUUGUUCUUUCUUUUCCUAAUUUCCAUAACAAAUAUGUCCUAUUCAUCUUCACAUCUAGUUUGAAGUUGGCUGAAUUAGUGAGUGAUUUAUAAUCACAGAUUUUAGAAAAUUAGAGCUAAGCGAUUUUAGGGACUGUUGUCACUAUAUAUCUAGAGGGGGAAACUGAGGCCUUUAGAGGUUGCCACGCUCUUCCAGUACAGAGUACCUUCCCACGCUUUACAGGUUCCCAUCAUGUAACAUUCAUUAAAAGCCUUUAUGGGUAGGAAAUGUAUAAAGUACCUGCUGUGUAUAUAUUUACAUUAUAAAGUUUACGUAUUCAUUCUUACUCUUUUUCCUUCCCAUGAAGGCACACACUGUUCUUAUUCUUACAAUCUCAAAGAGAGAGCAGCGAAACAAUGAAACUUCAGGAUUAUGUGGCCUGGAGGCUACCAGUUGAACUGGGCAUGCUCAGUCGCCAGGCAGAUUUUUCGGUGAAGUGGAAACUACAACAGCGCGUACCGCGCGCGGAGGUGGGCGUGCCCUCGUGAAAUUUAGAACGUUGCCUCAGCCAAUGGGGCCUCGCGGCCGGCUGGCGGGGCUCCUCAUUGGAGCAGCAGGGAGGCGAGCAGAGGGCCCCCGGAGGGAGCCGCGGAGGUGCGGGUCGAAGAGGCCGGGCUACGUCGUGCCCUGCGCGUGAGCAGCUGCAGCGGCAGAGGCAGCAUCCAGCGGCGGCGCCAGCAGUUCCAGCCCGUUGCUUUACUUUUUGCUUCACCGACAUAGUCAUUAUGCCGAAGAGAAAGUCUCCAGAGAAUACAGAGGGCAAAGAUGGAUCCAAAGUAACUAAACAGGAGCCCACAAGACGGUCUGCCAGAUUGUCAGCGAAACCUCCUCCACCAAAACCUGAACCCAAACCAAGAAAAACAUCUGCUAAGAAAGAACCUGGAGCAAAGAUUAGCAGAGGUGCUAAAGGGAAGAAGGAGGAAAAGCAGGAAGCUGGAAAGGAAGGUACUGCACCAUCUGAAAAUGGUGAAACUAAAGCUGAAGAGAUCCACAUCUCUCGCUCAACUGUUAAUGUCUCAACCUCCAGAGGCACCCCACCCAGCACACUGUCAGUAAAGGGGCAGAUUGAAACAGUGAGAGUUAAGGGUACAGUAGAAAAUUCUGCAUGUUUGCAGUGACUAGAAUCAGAUAGUAGUGUGGCGGUUUGUUUGUUUUUUUUUUUUAAUUAUCAUUAUGAAGAGUGAGAGCUUGCAGGUAAGGCUUCUGUGGUUGUUUGAAAAGCAGAAAGCAAUAAAUGCAACCAAGUGUUUGUGUAAUAUAUUCCUGCCUUGUCUUAUUCACUCAGAGUUGAAAUAGGUUUUGCAGUAAAGCUGGAAAAAAAAAAAGAAAACAAAUGUUCAAAAUUGUGUGUGUUGGUGGGUGGAAUUUCCUUUGCUUAUAGUACUUUCAGUAGUAACUAUAUGUUUUUUUUUUUCCUUUUUCACAGGCACAGAAAACUGAAUCUGUAGAUAACGAGGGAGAAUGAAUUGUCAUGAAAAAUUGGGGUUGAUUUUAUGUAUCUCUUGGGACAACUUUUAAAAGCUAUUUUUACCAAGUAUUUUGUAAAUGCUAAUUUUUUAGGACUCUACUAGUUGGCAUACAAAAAUAUAUAAGGAUGGACAUUUUAUCGUCUCAUAGUCAUGCCUUUUGGAAAUUUACAUCAUCCUCAAGUAAAAUAAAUAUCAGUUAAAUAUUGGAAGCUGUGUAAGAUUGAUUCAGCAUUCCAUGCACUUGCUUUAAAAUUUAGUCCUGUGCGUACUGUGGUGUUUUUACUGUGCAUAUUUGAAUUUUUCAUGCAGUUUUUCUAGAGCAAUAAUCAGUGGUGCUUUUGUACCUAGGUUUUAUGUGAUUUUAAUGAAACAUAGAUAGUUGUGGCCACCUGCUGACUAUUUGUGGUUUAAAAUAAAAGGUUUACUUGUCUGCAGAA